ACGCGAAACAAGAAAACAAGCCGUCGGGACAAGUUCGCUUUCAUUCGUGGAUCCGUGUGAGUUCUGUGCGUUGACCGCGACCGGGUAAUUCGCCGGUGCAUCCUCGGUGCGUCCCGCUGAAGCAAGUUGUUCUUCAGUUCUCCAUCAUCCGGGGUGUGUGCGCGCGCGCGCGCGCGCGCGAGACAGAGAAAGAGAGAGAUGUGCUCCGAAAGGGUUGCCGAACUCCGCGGGGAUCGUUGAUCGUGGUCUGUGCUACGCGAUUACGCAAUUGUCCGUGAUUUAUGCGAUCUGAUCGAUCGCGUGAUUCGAUAAGGAUAAAUCGCCGCUGCUUGUUUAGCUUCUUAUAGACUUUGGGCAAAACGUGGAGGCAAGGCGAUCACUCGCCUCAAGGCUCGUAACAUCACGGCUCUGCUCCAUUAAAGAUGAGGGUCGAUCAGCUGGGGCUUCUUCUUUGGAAGAACUACAUCAUUCGGAAGAGACAACCAGGGAUUCUGGCCUUAAUUUUUUUGUGGCCAGUAGUGACUUUUAUGAUUCUCUACACGGUGCGCGACAAUGACGACACGGAGUAUCAUCUGACGUGUCAGUUUCCCGCGCGGUCGAUGCCGCAGGACGGGCUUCUGCCUUUCGUGCAGAAUUACAUAUGCAGCGUCGGAAAUCCGUGUGAUCCGUUGUCAGAGUACGAGGAGGAGCCUUCGUACAAGAACGCCACCUUAGGUCCUUUACUCGUGGAACUGCAACCGAUGCUCAGUAACAAGACGAUCAUCUCUGCUGUGGAAACGUUGCCGCAGAGUAUCCAACUGCUGAAGUCAAUGGCGCAAAUACUUACCAAGCCGGAAAUCAAGACGCUUUUCGAUAGGGGGAUUCGUUUGGGCGACUUGUUCAACAAUCACGAGGAAAUUAAAAGCCUACUCAGAUCUCAUAUGCCGAGAGCAAGGGAGGGUUUGAUCGACGGUUUAUUCGAAUCGUCCGUGAAAUUAAUAUACUUAAUCCAAACUUUCGGUUCGUCUAACAUCGACGGCGUCAUUUGCUCCCCGGAAAGCCUGAAGAAGUAUAUGAUUGUACCCGACGAGGAGGAUAUCACGGAGAUCUCAAAUGUCCUUUGCAACAUCGACUCGCUAGCAAUCCCCGAUAUUUUGGAGAAUCUUUCGAAACACCUGGACUUUACUGGUCUAUUGGAGAUGGUCGAUCGUGCGAUGGCGAAAUUUCGCGAUUACAAUUUCUUCCAGGAUCUGAAGCGGGCGUCGGAGACCAUCCUCGACUUGAAGACGUCCAAGAAGUACAUACCGGAGUACCUGAGGAUCCGUGAAUGGCUGCCAAAAAUAAUCUUGAUCUUUCAAAAUGUAACCUUCAAGGAAAUUGAUCUGACUUUCAUGAAUAAAGCCCUCACGGUUCUCGAUCCCGUAUUUGAAUACGAGCGAGAUUGGCCGGUCGCUCGAAGGGGAUUUCUGAAAAUAAACACACUCCUGAAGCUGGUGAAGGAAGUUGUGAAAAACCGCGGAGGCAAUUCCACGGAUGAUUUCUUCACUCUGAUGGAUCGGCUGCGCGGGACAAUAUCGACUUUCUCCUCGAAUUCGGAUAAUUAUGAAAAUAUCACGCAGAUAUUAGAUAUGUCUUUUCUUGUCCUGCAGGAUGGUAUCAAGCUCACUAAUAAAAUAUUGGAUCACCAUAAGGAUGAGUUUGAAUUAGCCGCUAAUGUUUUCGAUGGACUUAGAAGCUUCUUCUCCGACAACAUAGUAAACGCAGUUACAUACAUUAUAUCAUUGAUGGAUAAUAUCGUGCAAAUGACUCAUCACGUUACUGUCACUCACGAAGAAACUCUGAGAAGAUUAUACGAGAUUUCUAUAAAACAUCAGAAUUUUGUCCAAAAGAUACUGACAAAUCUUCAGCCUACUGUGUACAGAACGAUUGUUCGGUCCUUCUCUCGAUUAGAUUUUGUGGAGGGUCUCGUAUACAAUUUGGAAAAAAGAAAACUCGAGGAAGUGUUGUGCCAAGAAAACACAACGAGAGAGAUGUUCGAAAACUAUGUUGAGUUUCGAGACAAAUCCAAUGAAAUAAAGGAAUUAAUCUGCAGCGAUGAUGGAAAGAGACUCAUUACUGACGUUUACGACAGUUUUGAGUUUGAGAAGUUUGGGAAUAUCGUAUCAAAUACUUUAUCAACUAUGGUCUCCAUGGCAUUCAAACAAGUAGCCAGGGUCGAGAUGUCAAAUUUGACAUCCGUUGUGAAAAAUGUCCGACGAUUCGUGACAUAUCUGGACACACGAAAAGUGAAGUACUUAAAUUGGAAUGUCUUUGAAAUAAGUAACGAAUGGAAAGGGACAUUCAAGGAGAUGCAACGUCAAGGAAGACUGGAUAUCUUAGGAAUCCACUUGAGUAUAGCAAAGAUGCUGGGUAUUCGCAGUUUAUCGUACAUGUCCAUUAGACCGGAUCUCGAAAAUAUGGAUUUGAUAGCUGAAAUAAUCUUGCAAGAUCUAAGAACUAAUCCUACCAGCUGGAUCGGGGAAGUACGCGAACACGAAGCUGAAUUAAUCGAGUCGUUUUACCUUACUGUCGCGGAUAAAGAAAAGACUUUGCAGCUCCUGGAGUAUUCGAAUUUCACGCGAACGUACUGCACGGAAGCGAAUCCGCCGGAUUUGCUGAAUUUUCCUAAGGAAUCGAACGGCACUAUUCUGAAGGAGCUGACGUGCUAUCUAUCCAAAACUGUGCAAAGGAAUCUGGAAUUGAACGUGACCAACAUCGAAAUCGAGGAGGCCACUUACAGGAGGAAGGAUUUUAAUUGGACGGCUUUCAACGAGAGAACAAUCGAGAUUUACCAAUACGUCGAUACCCUGGUGCACCAAGAGGAUCAGCAUUAUGAUCUGAAGAAAUUGGAGAAAUUGAAGGAGAACUUUAAGGUUUCGUGGACGACAAACAUAACGGCGAAAGAUACGUGGGAGAUCAGCGUAGGUUUAAUCUGCAAGGUUUUCGACGUGAUGGAGAGUCCGUUGUUCUCAAUCCAGAAGAAGAAAGAUUGGAAGAGUAUGUACGGGCUCGCGUGGGCAACCUCGGUGAUUUUCGACAAUAUCGAGAAGAUCAUCGACCAGAUUCAGAAGCGCAAUCACGUGGCGAAGCUUUCUGACGUUCUGCAGGAGCUGCCGCAGACCGAGAUACUUGCCGGCACGUUCCUAAGAAAUUUAUCCCCGGUCAUUCUCGAUAUAGUCGACAUGAUAACUCUGAGGCCGGUGCCUCUUAUAUCGGCUAUUGAUGAUUACAAAGAACGUGAGGUAAUGUGGCCCUGCAUCGUAAACGAGAGCGUGGGCGUUGCAUUAGAGCUAAGAAAUGGAAGUCGGGAAGUCGUUAGAGAGCUCGAAAGGGUCGCUUGCAAUCCAAGUCUCUUUAUCAAGGAGUGGAGAGAGCAUCCAGUAAUAACGAGGGUCCGAAAGAUUUUCGAGCACGUCGAAAAUGUAGAUUUACCACCGUUCAACUGGACUCUAGGCUAUACGAAAUUUCGACGAUUGGUGACAAAAUUCGACGAUUUGAUAAACAACGCUAAGGAUGUUGUUUUGGCGGAAGAACCAAAAUUGGCGAAAUACCUAACGACACUCGCGGCAGAAUCGGAAAACAUUAUCGAGGAAAGAUUUCCAAGCAUGCAAAGUGAUUGGGGAAAUACUUUGACUCAUAUCGACCUGGAGAUGGACAAGGCAAUAGAAGCUUUCGGCAGCGGUCUUUCUGCAAGUGCAAUUUGGAAACCAUCAGUCAACGUUACUGAUCGCGUUCUUAUCUUCUCGAAAUAUCUUUCUAACGUCAUUCACAAAGGCGCACGCAUCGUGAACGGUAUAUUAAAAGACGGCACAGGAAAAAUCAGUCUAUUAUCCUUGUUAGGAUUCGAUAAUAUGUCCCCCAUUACUAUUUUCCAUGAUCAGCUACCUUUCAUCCUGUCGACGCUGGUGAACGCGAUAUCGAAUCCUGUAACAGACGACCGUAUUGUCGCAGCGUUGGAAAAUAACGCUACAAUCACAUGCUCGAUGCUGUUCGAUUGGUUUUCGGAUUUUAAAGUCGGCCUGAGUGCCGAAGAUUACAGAACUUUGAAAAAUUUCACUUGCGAUCUCGAUCCUGAGAAUUUCAACAGCUACAUGGAUCUCUAUAUGGCGGAAAUAAUGAUCUGGAAUAAACCCGCCAGAAACUAUCGAUCUUACGUAGCUUCAAUAAUCGGCGACUUGUACGAACUUAUCCGAGCUGUCAGCUUCACGUUGAAGCAUAACGUAAUCAUCGAGCCGCCGUUCUCGAAGAGAUAUUUGGACCAUAUGCUCCAGAUGCUGAAAGAGAGUCUGGAGGUCCAAAACGAAGAGAGUACGUUUCACAAGGAACUGAAAUUAGGUCAAAGCUGGUCGAAUUAUAGAUUGGUGGUGGAGGGCGUGUCGGAGGUCUUGAUCCACAUUAGCAACGCAUUGAAGAAUGCCGAGAUACACGAUAACAAAUUGGAAAUUUGGCAAUUGACGGAGAACGACGAUACACGUCAAAUGCUGAAGGUCCUGGAGGCUUACCCGGAAGAGACUAUCGCGUUAAUUGCCACUUUUAGCACGUUCAACGAUACAACCGGCGAGCUUGAAUCCUUUAACGAUAUUAGGAAGGCUAUGUGUAGGCAGCAUUUCAAUUCCGAUUAUUGGAACACAACAAGCAGAACGCACUUCCUCCAGGCAGUGUGCUCGUUCGAUCCUUAUCAGCUGCUAAAGACUGCUACGAGCGACGAAUAUUAUAAUUUUGUCACCAACCGAACAAAUACCUUAUCGAGAACGACGCCGUUAACUAUGUCGUUAACAAAAUUAUUGGAUGUUGUCUCGACGUUUCAUCACCGAACCAUUAGCGCCGCGUUGCCAGAAGUGAGUCUCACAUCAAACAUCUUCAAUACGACGACGUUGAGGGGUCUAUCCAACGAAACCUGGGCCCUGAUCCUGAAGUCUGAAAAAUCCUGGAUCCGCCGAAGCUCUGCGUGGUACCGCUCCAAUAUGACGUCGCACGGUGGUACGGAUUAUCUUGUCGGGGUCAGGAGGCUGUUUCAGCUAAUAGAAUCCGUGGUCGAUCUCGUGUCCGGCGGCGAUGUCUGGCAGAAGCUGCGCGUCAUGUACGAGACCUCGAAGCUCAAGCCGUUGCUGACACUCGCGGAGGAUAUGCCUAAUCUUUUUAUCACCGCCGCCGAUACCUUUGUCUCGUCCGAGAGGCUGGACGAUUUCAUCCAGAAGCUCCUAUUCGGCCAAGUGCACCCUUGCGAUAUCGAUCGUUACCUGAUCCCACCCAGUUACAUGAGGAAGAGGGGUUUGCUGGCCAGUAUUACGAACUUCUGCCAGAAGAUCGUCAUGAGCGACGAGCAGCUGAAAUGGACGGAUCUGUUGCCAUACAAUGGAAAAUACAACGACAGCUACCUUACGUCUGAACCAUCGGAAUCUGUUUACGAAGCGCAGCUGUUGCAAAGGGUGCAGACAUUUCAGGCCACUUUGAGUCGCGUAUCGUCAGAAGGCUUUAAGCCGCCGAAAAUUCCUGCGUGGUGGACGUCAUUCGAAGAAGGCACCUUCAAAGACUUUGUCGCGCAAUAUAAAAGAAAGGAUACGAGGGCUCUGGCAUAUUCGAUGGUGAAGAAGUCAGUGACGCUUUUAAGAAAUCUUUUUAAAGAUACUCAAACUAAUGCCGUAAAUUGUACUUGGUGCACUACGCUUCCACUGGAGAUUUUAAAUUCUCAAUUGAUACACCAUAGUCUCUACUCAAAACUGCUCUGUAAAAUGAAUCGAUUAAAUAUAUCGGAGGUGCACAACAUCCUGAUCAAUGACUUCAACUGGAAUAAAACGGGCAGUAUGGUCAAGGAUUACAAAUAUCUGAAUAAGAAGAAGACGCUAGACGAGUUCUUAGAUACGCUAGAAAUUACUUUGCAUUACAUUGCCGAUAUUGUGGUCGAUUUCCAAAAUGAGACAUACAGUGGUAGAGUGAACGAAUGCUUUAAUAAAUUUACCGGCGGUUCUACGUACUCUAGACCAGGAUUGUACAUUACGUUUCUUCUGAGCAUACUGGACAUGCUGGAAAAGAACGUUUACAUUUUGGACUCGGCGAGCAUCCACGAGAGCAUCAACAAUUUGACCAGAUUAGCCGAGAAACACGUGCCGAUUUGGAAACCGUUGCACGACGUAGUGAAGAAGUCCGAUGUCGACGACAUCGAUGCUGCGCUACCGAACGCCACUAUCAAUGUGAACGCGAUUCUGAGCGCCGUGAGCAAGACGUCUCUGUGCAGAACGAAGAGCGACUGCCAAAACGCGACGAUUCUCUACAAUUUUCUCAGCUCGAAGAGAGCGGCGAAGGUUCUUCGAUACGAUCCAAAGGCGUCCAAGUAUCCGUCGGUAUCCGACAUUUCGAGCCGAUUGGCCCGCAGUCUGGACAUAGAUCUCAUAAGUCGGCAGCUGUCCUUCUGGCGCACAGAAGCUUCUUGGAAUCUCUUCUGGCUUAAGGAGAUCUUGACUCAUUUGUCCUCGAUCCUAGGAGAGAGCGGAAAUCUGCUGGAUAUCGCUAGUAAAAUAGAUCUCGAGGACGUCACCAGCAUUCUCGGGGUUCCCGACCUCGCCGAAGGCAUCGUCAAUCUGUUGAAGGAUAAAACAGUCGACAAAUUAUUCGACGGGAUGAAGGAACUUCUCGAGGAUGUUGAGCCGUUUAUAGCUGAUCACGAAAUAAUCGAUGAUUUAAAUACAAUGAUCGCAACAUUGGAAUCAAUGGAGAUCUUCAAGAAUCUAGGGCUGCUGGAUAUGAAAUAUGCUGUCAAAGAAAUGUUUGACAAUUGGGACUUUGUGCGAACUUACUUGAUCGACAAAAUUGGUAUUACGAACGAGAUCGCUGUCACCUUGGGCGAAGCGAAAAUAGACAUGAUUUCAGUCUUCAUGCAGGAACGCGGCAUCGUUAGUUUAAAAGAUACCAUUUGUUCGCCCGAGAAGCUCGGCGACAUGUUGCACUUGAACAACAAACUCGUGACUGCCGAAGAAGUUAGCUCCGCGCUCUGCCAAUUGGAGGACUCCCAGACGCAAAAUAUCACCAUCACGUUGAUGAAGAACUUGAACUUCGAUUAUAUUUUCAGAAACUUGAUGAGCGCUAAUGUGAAAAGUAUAUUGGCUAACGCAAAUUUAACCGAGACCGAAGGCAAAAUCAUAUUGGACAAUCUUGGCGUUGCUGCGGAACUAUUUCCAUUCUUCAAAGACAAGUUAUCGGCGGGCUUUUCUUUCGGAAAUGCAGCGGAAGAGAGCAACGCGGAAGAAACGGAUGGAGCGCUAUCCAAUUCGCAAUUUCUGAAGGAGUCUAGUAAACUACUCUGUGGUAAAGCAUUGAUCCAGGAGGAAAACGGACAAAUUUACAAAAUUCUCACCCGCCUGAAAGACAGUAACAAGGCGUCCGAACGGAUGGAACUCGAUUCUUUGCCAAACGAGUCCUGCAGAGAAACUUAUAAGACUGUGCUCACUAUGCCUGGCGGAAAGAUUGUCUGGUCGUACGUCAAGCCUUUGUUACGCGGACAGAUUCUUUACGCACCUAAUACUGCCAUCAUUUCCGAGGUCAUGGCGUUGACGAACGAAACUUUCGUGCAGAUGGAGCACUUCGGUAUACUGUUGAGCAGUGUCGAGAAGACUCUCAAGGCUCUGGCUAAUCUCACAGAGAUGAGCGAUUCUUUAAAGGAAUUACAGAGCAUAAUGUCCUCGGACGUCAUGAAGGUUGCGAUCAAGUCAUUAGGAGGUGGCAAUUUCGAAGGCGACUUCUCCGAGCUGGAUCUAAGUGAGAUCGCGUGGCGGCUGAAAAAAUCGAAGAAACUAGUUUCGAUGAUGGGCAUGUUAAACGAUAUGAUGGAAUGCGUGCUGGUGAAUAGAACAAUCGGUUUCGCCACGGAGGAGGAACUGGAGGAAGCGGCCAGCCGCUUGACCGGCACGAACGAGUUUCUGGCCGGGGUGAUCUUCUUGGACGACGCUGCUUCGCGUCCGGCAAAGAGAUCUCUGGAUCACGAACUACCGGACAAUAUCACCUAUAAAAUCCGCAUGGACGUAGACUACGUGCCGUCCACCAGACGACUGAAGAAUCAAUUUUGGAUUCCCGGGCCGGAGAGCAGUUUCCUCGAGCAUCUCAGAUAUAUUCGGGGUUUUAUACAACUUCAGGACUCCGUCGAUCGCGCGAUCGUCAAGGUGAAAACACGAAGAUACGAUCUCAACUGGAAGACGGUGACGCAACAGAUGCCGUAUCCGUGUUGGAAAAAUAUACCAUUCCUAACGACGCUGUACGAAUCUCAAGGUUUGCAAGUAGGCUUCUUCUUCGCGUUGAUGCUGUGCGUUGGAUCGGCCGUCAGACACAUCGUUUGGGAAAGAGAAUCGCAAAAUUCUAUGGUAAUGAGCGUAAUGGGAUUGAAGCCGUGGCGAAACACUCUGGCUUGGUUCAUCACGUCUUACGCGGAGCUGUCGAUCGUGAUGAUUUGCAUCUCCAUAAUUUUAUUAGUCGGGAAAAUCCUUCCACGGUCGGAUCCUCUCGUGGUGCUUGUUUUACUCUUCGAUUACAGCUUCUCCAUAGUGACCUUCUGCUACAUGCUCUCGACGAUGUUUAGCUCCGCCAGCCUCUCCGCCGUUACCACGGUCGUCAUGUUCCUAUUAACUUACAUGCCGUACGUCAUUGUUAUCGCCAUGGAGGCUGUAUUCGGAUUAGGAUACAAACUUCUAAUCUGCCUGAGCAUGUCGACCAGCUUCUGUUACGGAUGCCUGUACGUGGUGCGAAAAGAAGUUCAAAGCAUCGGUAUUAGCUGGUCAAACAUGUGGGAGGAAUCGAGUCCCGGCGAUUCGAUGACUUUGGGAAUGCUGUUGAUAAUGAUCGCUUUCGAUGGUUGUCUGUAUGCCGCGAUCGGCUACCUCAUCGCCAGAUACACCGACUCAGGUAGGGGCUUUCACGGUUUGAGGUCCCGUAGCUUAUGGUGGGCCGACACACGCUCUCUCUAUGGCAGGCCGAGCUACCUCGCCUUCGUCAACAACCUCUAUUUCACUAACGACGUUCUCCAUCCCUCAGCCGCUUACCAAGAUGACGAGAGCGAUCUCAGUAGCUUGACGGUUACGGAGAAGCAAAUCGGCGUCAAGUUCGAGAAUGUCAGGAAGGUCUAUCGCACCGAACGGGGUGACGUCGUCGCCGUGGAGGACUUCACGUUAAAGCUCUGCGAGGGCGAAGUAACGAGUCUGCUUGGGAGAAAUGGCGCGGGGAAGACUACCAUUAUUAAAAUGCUAACGGGAAUGGUGGCCCCGACCAACGGCGAAAUCUGCUUAAACGGCGAGGAGGGUUGCAAGCCCGACAUAGGAGUGUGCCCGCAGGAUAACGUACUCAUCGGAACUCUGACGCCGAGAGAGCACAUGAUUUUCUACUGGAAGCUUAAAAAACCUAAUGAUGAUAACAACAACAUGCAGAAGAACGUUAACGAAAUGCUGACCUCCCUGGAGCUCGGACGUCAAGAACACGAGCCUGUGUCGCGCUUGUCGGGCGGUACACGACGCAGGCUCUGCGUGGCCCUGGCCUUCCUCGGUUCGCCACGUUUGGUGAUUCUGGACGAGCCCGGCUCGGGUGUGGACCCUGCGGCUCGACGGCGGAUCUGGCGACUGAUCGACCAACACAGGAUCGGCAGGACCGUGCUCCUCUCGACGCAUCACCUGGACGAGGCCGACAUGUUGAGCGACACGGUCGUGGUGAUGCACAAAGGGAAGAUCUUGUGCACCGGCUCGCCACUGUCCUUGAAGAUGACACACGGCAGGGGAUACAGACUGAACGUGGCUUUCCCACCCGAUCACUAUGCCAAUGGGGAAGCGGGGAUAGGAGGGAUAGCGGAGACGGUCGACAAGAAGAAUCUAAAGGCUCUUCGUACCGUGAUCGAGGAGGUUGUACCGAACACCACGAUAAACGAGGUCUCCGACGCAGAGGUCACCGUAGCGCUGCCUUUUCAGGGGAAGAAUGGCAUUAACAACGACAUCGCGCAAGUGGCGAAGGCGCUGGAGGACAACCGUAAGCUUUUGGGAUUCUCGCACUUCUCAUUGGAGUGCGACACUCUGGAGAGAGUCUUCUUGGAUCUUUGCGCGCGAGCAGACAGCGGAUCGAGCGCUAUCAGAGCGAGCCAAGAUAGUGUCAUUACUGUGGAGCACGUCGAAGCUCCCGUAUCAGACGACAACGUCGAUUUAAUUACCGAUAUGGUAGGGAAACCCACGCCAAUUCGACAAAUGAAAGCCAUGAUAAAAAAACGGCUAUGGCAUUUUACGAGAGACUGGAGGGCACCGUUAGCCGCGCUCGUUUUACCAACCAUGUUCGUUGCAGUCGCUAUGGGAUUUUCUCUGAUACGGCCACCGUCCGAGAACGAGCCGCCUCUGGCUUUGACUCCCAAACUUUAUGAUACUCACCCGACUUACUUUUACAGUAUCGACAAUAACGACCCGUUCCUACAACAUGUAUCUAUGCAGCUGCACGAUCGCUUCGGAGAUGAUUAUGCUGGUGCAUGGCAAACUUUACCUAAUGAUACGGGAACCUGCGAAUGUCUGGACGGUCAGCAAACUUGUCGGGGCGUUUCUAAGGCCGUUGAGGGUCUUCUUCAAACCCUACCUGGCCGACCUACGCUGGAUUGGAUUGUCUCGACGCAUCAGGAAUAUAUAGAGAAACGAUACGGCGGCUGGUCUCUGUCGCACUCCAAAGAGGAUCCACUCUUCACCGUUUGGUACAAUAACAAAGGUCACCAUUCGAUGCCGGCGUAUCUGAACGCUCUCAACGAGGCAAUCCUGCGAGCAUCCGGGGUGCGAGGACGCUUAACCACACUCAAUCACCCCUUGAAGCUAUCGAGCGAUCAGCUGAAUCGAACGACACUAUUGCAACAUGUGGCGGACGUCGGCGUGGCGUUGGUACUUCUGAUAGCUUUCAGUUUGGUUGCAGCUCAGGGAACGAAGGAGAUAGUCAGAGAACGAUUGUCAGAGGAGAAGAGAAUACUUUACUUGGCUGGGGUUCAUCCUAUCACGUAUUGGACGACAAUCUUAAUUUGGGAUUUUAUAGUAUAUAUUUGCGCUGUCUGUCUAGCGGUCAUCGUUUUCGAGAUCUUUGGUUUGUCAGCUUAUGUCGCAAAAGAUAAUCUGGCCGGUGUCUGUCUUCUGUUAAUUCUGUUCGCAUGGGCGGCGUUGCCGUUUUCGCAUCUAGCCGAAAAAGCGUUCGACGAUUCGAGCCUGUCCAACAUGGUGCUCUUCUGCAUAAACACCUUCAUAGGCGUGAUCUGCCUGGCGACUAUUUUAGUCCUCGACAUCCUCGGCAGAAGUAAAACGGCCGAAGAGGCGAGGAACAUCCUGCAUUACGUUCAAAUGAUCUUCCCGCAAUAUGUCUUCGCCGACGGAUUAGUCGCGAUGACGACGAACGACAUCACUUCCGAAUUGUUGCAAAGAUUUCAUAUGGACACGUACAAGUCCCCGCUCGGCUGGGAUCUUCUCGGCUCUCAUUUUGUCUACCUGUUCGUAAUCGGUGUAGUUCUGUUCACGCUCAAUCUGAUAAUCGAGUGUCGAGCCCUGCCCGAUCUGAGGAGGCAGAGGGUCGGCUACGAGACGGUGCAGGAGGACGAGGACGUCGCCAGGGAGAGACUGAGGGUGGAGGCCGGGAUGGUCGACGAUACCUUGAAGACUAUGAAGCUGAGGAAGGAAUACAGGAGCGUGUACGGGACGAAUGUCGCUGUGCAAAAUUUAAGUUUCGGCGUACAGAGCGGCAAGUGCUUCGGUCUCCUGGGGGUGAACGGGGCGGGAAAAAGCACGACGUUCAAGAUGCUGACAACGGAAAUCAUUCCUACGGCCGGGAAGAUUAUUCUGAAGGGGAAAGAGAUUGGCGCGGGACCGUUGUGUAAUGGCGAGGUUGGCUACUGCCCGCAGAGUGAUGCCCUGGACGGAUUCCUCACGCCCCACCAGUGUUUGACGAUUCACGGCGAAGUGUGCGGGUUGAGCAACGUUCCUAAGGCUGUGGAGACAAUGCUGAAGAGGUUCGAUCUACUCAAGUACGCUCACAGAAGGGUCUCCGGCCUCAGCGGCGGUAACAAAAGGAAGCUAUGCGCCGCAAUAAGCGUCAUGGCUCCUGCCGCAGUAAUUCUCAUGGACGAGCCCACGAGCGGAAUGGAUCCCGCCACGAAGAGCCUCGUCGCCAGAGCGGUGAAACACGUGACGAGGCGUCAAGGAUGCGUCAUAUUAACAUCGCACAGCGUCGCCGAUUGCGAAGACCUUUGCACGAGGGUAGGCAUUCUCGCUAGAGCCGGUCUCAGGUGUAUAGGAACGCCGCAGCAUUUGAAGCACAAAUUCGGCGAAGGAUACGUCGCCUUCCUGAGAUUCGGCCAGCCAGUCUCCGCCGCGGAUCUCAGGCGGGUUAUCCUGAAAUAUCUGCCACAUGCGAUGAUCUCCUCGAGGCAAGCGACGGCUGCUCGGCUCUUGCUACCGCGCAGCCAGGACAUGCCGCUCAGCGUGAGCUUCAGCAUGCUGAAGCUCUUGGCGGAGGAGCUUAAGGCCACAGACUACACGCUCACGCAAAGCUCGCUGGAUCAGGUCCUGGUGACGUUCUCGGAGGAGCUGGACGACGAGGCCGUCGACGUGGCUGCCUUCGGCCAGGGCAGCAGGAACAGCGUGCCCAAUAUGUACUCCAGCAUGGACACCAUCCACAUGGACACGUUUUGAACGUGUGCUGUUUAAUUACGCUCAGCUCGAGAAGCCUCUCGCUUCAACUACGCGCGGAAUUAAUUGAAGUUUUACGUUUUCACCUGGUAAAGCCUCUCCUGUUCGUCGUACUCUCGCGGCGAUUACUGUGAUAGUUUGCCUUUACGUUCGACGCCACGGCGAUACGCGUCAUUCUCACGAGUUUGAAGAAACGGAACGGAGCAUUUUGUGAUCCUUGCGGUUUUCUCCGAGAGGAGAGUUUUAGAUAUUCACUCGUACGGGGCCAGAUUUGGAGACGGGGCCCCAGAAAGACAGAUCUUAAAAAUUCGCGACGCAGCAGCUUCGGCUCGCGCGGUCUCGGAUUUAAUUUGUAAAUAUCUUUUUUUUUUGCUGGCAAUUUUAAUUUAGCGAUAAUUCUAGAAUUGUUAGUCCCUUCUUCAUAGAAUGCAAAUGUAUAAGUACAUUUCUAGAGUUAGAAAAUUAAGGAAAAUGUAUAGCAGGUUCUUUUAGCGAGGGACAUUCUUCGCUGCUGACGCAGUGGAGGCCCAUGAAUCAAUACAUGAUUUUUAUUUAC